GUUAUUGCCGUUCCUGACUAUUCCAGAUCGUCGCUGCCAUCGCCGCCGGCCUCGCCUUUGGAGAAGCCAGUUCCUUCUCUCUACUGCUUUAUUGAGGCGCUUAUCGAUCAUUCCCAUGUCCAGACACCAACUCUCAUGUCGAGCCUGGUCUAUCUAAUCAGAUUGCGCGAGAUCCUGCCGCCAAACAGCACGGGAAUGGAAACUACCAGACACAGAAUCUUUCUGGGCUGUCUGAUCCUGGCCGCGAAAAACCUUAAUGACUCGUCUCCCUUGAACAAACACUGGUGCAAAUACACCAAUGGCUUGCUCUCCCUGAGAGAUGUCAAUACCCUGGAGAUGGAACUGAUAGGAUAUCUGGGCUGGGAUAACAUCAGAAUCAGACAAUCGGACCUGAUUUCAACCUUCAGUCCUUUCCUGGAGCCUAUCAAGUCCAAACUUAGACGGCAAUCCGAGGCUAAGAUCGCCAAACACAGGGACCUCACCAGAGACCUGACCAAAUCACACCUCUCUUCCUCCUUGCCUUCUCCAACGCAGCCCUUGUAUGCUCACUGGACUAAAGUGCCCUCGUUUUCACACAUGCCUUCUCCGUCCCCACAAAGACCAAAGAUGGCCAUCAAAAGAACCUCUGGCUCCACCAACCUGAACGCUAAAUACUCUGCAUACAACUUGCAGAAGCCAUACUCAUUCCAGUCGCUACCAACUACCGCCUCCAUUCCUUCGCUUUCGACUUCCUCCUCCAUUCCCUCUCUGGCCUCAACAAACUCCACCAGCUCGACAUUAUAUCCGGUGGACGACUUCAAC